AUAAAUAAUUUAAUUGUAUUACCAGUUCACUUUUGUAUUGAAUUAAAAAUGGCGUACGGUGUCGGAUUUUUUAUCAUCGUUCAGGCUAUUUUCCUGCAGAGCGUAUUCGGACAAUGCGUCAACAGAGUGGUUCCUAGCUGUCAGUCCAACCUGGUUGAAGCCUUGUUGCCCAACCAGGUGUUCCUCAGGGAGGGCGUCAUUCCUGGACCUCCAAUCAUACCUGCACCCAUCGCCGGUCCCAUUCUACCAGAAGUCGGCUACUCCCCCACCAUAAUCCAGGAUAGCGGCGUAGCUAACAGCUUAGCUAAUGCUCUCCAGCUGCUAGUAGUCAGCAGUCUUCUAAGUAAUACGCUGCCAGGGCCUUGCGACUAUCCAGCAUACCCAGCAAAUUUGGUGCCAGCUGGAUAUCCCUACCCCAUAGAAAAUGUCAUCCCAGCACCAUACAGCUAUAUUUAUUUUCUCAUUUGUAACUUUUCGGCUAUCUCGAUGGCUAUCAAGAGCUGUUUGAUCAUUAUUAUCUCCAUUUAUGAGGUAGCUUCAUACGUUCACCCAUAUGGUGCUAAGCCUUUUUAUCCGAGGGGUCCACGACCAAGGGAAUUCUAUAUAGAUCCAACAAGAAUUCAACAAAAUUAUGCCAACCCGAGCCAAUACCCUUACCCUGUACAGGAAGCAAUACCUACAAACUACCCUGUUUAUCAAAAUCCUGUAGAACAGCCUAACUAUCAAGUAUAUCAACAAGUUUUGGAACCAAAUCCCGCAACCUAUCCAAUAUAUCAACAGGCACUGGAACCAAAUGUUGCUAACUAUCCGGUAUAUCAACAAACUCUGGAACCAAACGCAAACUAUGCCAUUUAUCAGCAACCUGUGGAACCAAACCCGGUUACCUAUCCAGUUUAUCAACCAGUAGAAACUGUAGCCGAAAUACAAGUUCCGAUGACACCACCAGCUGUAGCGCCAACUCUACCAUCAGCGAAAAAUGAUAAACCUGCAGGUUUUGAUUCGAAUGUAAUAAACAAUUUGGCGAUAGCAUUGCAAUUGUUAAUAAUAAAUAAUCUAAUAAGUAACCCUGCACCAAAUAGUCCUAGUUUAGAUGCUAUUAAGACUGCAAUUGAAGGAGCAAAGCUAGCUGUUAAUAAGCCUUGUGAAGCAGAAUACGAAUACCCAUUGCUGAACGCCAAGUUCCUUGGUUCCUCUAAUUUUGAUGAUGCAAGUUCUAUGAUAGCAUAUGGAGGCUUUGGAAGUCCAGUAACUUCACCAAGAGUUGGAGCUUUACUGAAGUCACCAUACGAUUACCUAUCAUCAUCAUCAUCGGAGUAUCCAUCGAAGAGUAAUCUACAGAAUCCGUAUGCGGCAAUAUUUUCUCCUGACAAUAUCAAAGAAUUGUUCACACUGUCUGACUAUUAUUGAGUUAUAUAAUAUGUUUAGAAUUUCCUAGUCUACGUCUGUAAAUAUUUA